AUGCGUAUACUUGUAAAAUCUAUCGCAUCUAUCUCUAUCACUACAUUAGUGAAUCUCUCUCUCUCUCUCUCUCUCUCUCUCUCUCUCUCUCUCUCUCUCUCUCUGAGAGAGACAUUAUCAGCAUUUUGUUCUCACACCGGUCUUCUUUUGCACCCUCAUGUCCAAAGGCCUGAGCUUUCGAUCCCCCAUGAAUUAGACAUGAUCAGUAGAUUGUCUUAUAUUCCUUUGCGUUUCUUAUAUUCUCUCUUUCUCUCUCUCUUUAUCUCUUUCUCUCUCUCUCUCUCUCUCUCUCGUUAUCUCUACAAGUGUUUAUUUCACGCAUUUCUUUUUCUUUGCUUUUCUUUCCGUUUUUUGUCUCAUUUCUCUCUCUCUCUCUCUCUCUCUCUCUCUCUCUCUCUCUCUCUCCAUUUCUCAUUCCUUCUAUUUUCCUUCCUUUUAUCCCUCUCUUAUUACUGUACUUCUCUUUUUUUCUCUUUUUUCUCACCUUCACGCUCUCUUUUUCAUUCUUUCCUUAUCCCUUUAUCCCUCUUCAUCUCUUUCUGUCAAUCUCUAUCUUUUCCGUUCCUUCUUUCCCCUUUUCUUUCUCUUAUCCCAGCCAAUCCAGUCUUGUAG